AUGGGACCGGCCGGCUGGGGCUCAGGGCUCUGGGCUGGAGGAGGAGGGAGAGCCCCGGGAGCGGGCUCUGUGGGGAAGAGGUCUCAGCUCCAUUGUGUGGGCCACCAAGGUAGGAUUUUGCCUUUGGGAAAAUCCAGAUCUUCCCUGGAGCCAGUUCCGCCCCCAGCUUCUUCAGGAAAGGAUUUGGACCCAGUGUCUGGAUGUAGACGCUUCGGCACGAAAUGCACAGCCUGCCAGCAGGGCAUCCCCCCGACCCAGGUGGUCCGCAAGGCCCAGGACUUCGUCUACCACCUGCACUGCUUUGCCUGCAUCAUCUGCAACCGGCAGUUGGCCACAGGGGACGAGUUCUACCUCAUGGAGGACGGGCGGCUAGUGUGCAAGGAAGACUACGAGACAGCCAAGCAAAAUGAUGACUCUGAGGCAGGAGCAAAGCGGCCACGGACCACCAUCACAGCGAAGCAGCUGGAGACGUUAAAGAACGCCUACAAGAACUCUCCCAAGCCUGCCCGUCAUGUGAGGGAGCAGCUGUCCUCUGAGACAGGCCUGGACAUGAGGGUUGUACAGGUUUGGUUUCAGAACAGAAGGGCCAAGGAGAAACGCCUGAAGAAGGACGCAGGGCGGCAUCGCUGGGGGCAGUUCUACAAGAGCGUCAAGAGGAGCCGCGGAGGCAGCAAGCAGGAGAAAGAGAGCUCUGCAGAGGACUGUGGGGUUAGUGACAGUGAGCUGAGCUUCCGAGAGGAUCAAAUUCUCUCUGAACUUGGCCACACCACUAGGAUUUAUGGCAACGUGGGGGACAUUACAGGCGGACAGUUAAUGAAUGGGAGCUUCUCCAUGGAUGGGACAGGACAAUCCUAUCAGGACUUGAGGGAUGGGAGCCCCUAUGGGAUCCCCCAGUCUCCAUCCUCUAUAUCGUCCCUGCCAUCCCACGCUCCUUUGCUGAAUGGGCUGGAUUACCCGGUGGACAGUAAUUUGGGCAUCAUUGCGCAUGCGGGGCAGGGAGUAAACCAGACGCUGAGAGCCAUGGCCGGGGGACCCACCUCUGACAUCUCCACAGGAAGCAGUGUAGGCUAUCCCGACUUUCCAACUAGCCCAGCCUCUUGGCUCGAUGAAAUGGAUCAUCCUCCUUUUUAAACUUCUCUCCUCCCAUCCUACCUGUCCUGGCUUGAAAGAAUAUCUUCAAGGAUCAAAAGAGACUCGGCUCUUAAGGAUCAAAGGUGCACCAAUGUGAAUUUCCAUUAUUUUCAAUGGAAGUCCUCUGAUGAUUUCUAGAAGCUGUGAAACCACAUUAGGGCAUUGCUUUCUUGGGAGGCGGAGGGAGAGCAGCCUCAUCUCACACAUAGCACAGGGAUGGACAGCCUAGAGCUCUAGGGAUGCUGACUUCUUAGCUCUUUCCCCUCCCACCCUGCUUAGAGGCUUCCGCUGCUUGUGCUUUCGUGACACGAGGCGACUGUGACCGGCCACCGUGGCCCUGGGAUCCCUGCUCCAGCUGCUGUGUCUCACACAAUGCCUCCCAAACCACUGCUCUCACCGGAGCCGAGAUUCCUGAGGUAGAGGCAUCACAGCCCUUGAGUAUAAUAAAAGGAU